GUUUUCUUUCUGUUCUCCUUCUCUGGUUGCUGUUAAGGAGCGGCAUUAGACCUGGUGGACCCUUCAGCUUUUCGUUGCUCACCCAGAUUGACCUAGCAGCCAUGUCUUCGACGGAUGGCCAUUCCGUCAAGAUGCAGUUUCAUCUGCAAGAACACAAUUACCACCAUACAAUAUCUGCAAAUCUCCCAACAUUUGUCAACCGGAGCGUACCAAGCUACAGUGUACCGAAUCAAGUUUCCAAUGUGAGAAGUAACAAAUCGUCGUCCCCCCGGUACUCGCCCAAUAUUCAGCCUUGGAAGAGACAACAAGCCCCGAGCUCAUUGUCAUUUGUUCCUUCGCCAGCGCCCCGCAUGGAACAACCAGAAUAUACCACGACACAACCACGGACCAGUUCGGAACGCCCUCCUGUGUACAUGUCCCCUUUCCGCUCUGUGCGCAAGAUGAAGCAGCCCUUUGAGCUGCGUCUCCCGUCCUCUCCUUCCACUGAGAGCCUUGCUGCAAGUGGCAAAGAGUCCCCAUUGUCUCAAAAACCAUCCAACAAUAGGACGCUUCGCCCAUGGCGUUCAGAUCAGAAUCUUCGAGUCACGAGCAUCGACUCUUUUGGUCUUCUGCCCAGCCCGCCUCUGUCAGACACCAGGUCACCACACGAUUCACCUUCGUUCUAUUUUUCGCCAAAGCCGGAAUCGGAAUCGGACUACAGUCAAAAGAGUCCCAAUGGCUGCGGCUGCGUUCCAGGCAGAGAAUCGUGUCGCGAUUGCUAUACCUCCCCUCAAAGUGAACCACGACAAGCUCCUAAGGACGUCAAAGGAAGCCCACAUGUACGCAUGGCUCACUCGCAUCUAGCCAGACAAUGCGAAACUAGCGAGGGGCAAUUAACGCCGGCUUCAACCUACUCAGAGCGCAUGUCAUCGCCAGCUCCUUAUUCCGACUAUGAACCGGUUGGGAAGAGAAACUUCUCCAACUCAUCCAUUGGUGCAGGAAGAAGCAGAUCAGGGACGGUGUCUAGCGAUGGGAGUUGGGCUCCCAGCAGCUUAUCAUACUGGGAGCCUUGGCUCCAGCGUGCGCCAGUGGAAGGUGCAGAAGGCCAGGGCGAAAGGCUCAAGGAGCUGAACCGACGAAGAAUACAGAUUGUGCAGAAAAGCCCUCCACCUCCUCCACGGAAAGUUGAGUUGAAAGCAGCUAGACCGGCAAUGUACGCGGUAGCAACCAAGACGAAACCCAAGUUGGUUGAUAUAUCACGCCAGUCGUCCCCAGCAAUGAGCUACUCGCUCCCAACGCCACAGCAUCCUGUUCCAUCGACUCCUGAUCAAGGUCAGCAGGAGAUAUCAGCCUUUAGUCCCGACACGCCUCUGGAGAUGUCCGACAGCGGCUAUAUCACACAUCAUUCAUGCUAUUCACCUAACGACUAUGCCCACGCCAAGGCUCCAGCUGAGGAGGACGAGGACGACGAUGAAGACGAAGACGAUGAUGAUGUGUACACUGACAUCAGCUCUGUCGCAUCUGAGACUGUUGGCGAAACCACGAUCGAGACCAAGUCGGCUCCUAGCCCGGAACUACCCAAAUCACCACCCAAGCCAGAGGUACCACCAAAGUUUGCUGCGUCCGUCCAGGUAUCCCCUGGUCGUUCUUCAAUCUCAACCAAGUCGGAGAAGGAAGAGUUGGAGAAGUGGUGGGAUCACGAAUGGACUAUCGACCAGCUGGAACUGUCUGUCAAAGACUUCCCACGGAACAUGCUCCGCCUUACAUCACCCGUCAUUAUGUUUCUUCGCCAUAAUAAUGAGAGGGCACUUUUGCGGCCUUUCCGCACCAUCUUCCCUAGCGUUGCUGAAAACCUACUGGAUGGCUUAUGCGCCGCUCUGAUUGCACGGAACUAUGUUGUCUCUUUGGCAACUGCUCACCAGAGGAAGAGUCAGCUCAACCAACGAUCGCGGCUGGACACAGUCCCGGAAAAAGCCACCGCGGCGUCAGGGACCUCCAGUCACACCACCCCAUCACGCCAGGUUCUUGAAACGCGCAGCAUGCAGCUUCGCAGAGACCUGGAUAGAAUUGUCGAGAAAAUGCUCUUCGCCAUAUGCGGGCAGGCGGAGGAGCAUCUGAAAAGCGCCGUCCUUGUUCUCGCCCAAGUGCUCGAAACGAAAAACUAGGCGAUCACUCAUUCAACCUUUCCUUUAUUGUCUUCUUUCCCUCUCAACGCACAGGUCUAUUCCCACGCCCCAUUUGAGUUCUUUUCUUGCCUCCCCGUUUCCUUGAUGAGCCAGUUUUCCUGACUAUACCACUCGUUCUGUCAUUUUCAUGUUGGUGAGAUCAAUUUGCUUUGCCAUUCGUUUGUUCCACCUCACUCACUUCGGAUUCUUCUAGUGAGCUGCACCGUCUGCUCUGUUCACGUCUGCUACUCUUUUUUUACCUGUGAUUUCACUCCAAUAGCCAC